ACUCUCUCGCUCUCCCUCAUACCAAUCUGAUUCGUUCCUCCAUUGCUCUCAAUCAAACCUAGCUCCAAGAAAUGGGUCGGAGAAAGGGGACGGUGUUAACACAUGAUGGCCCUCCGGACGACUUCGAUCCGGAGAAUCCAUACAAGGACCCGGUGGCGAUGCUGGAGAUGCGGGAGCAUCUGGUGAGGGAGAAGUGGAUCGACAUCGAGAAGGCCAAGAUUUUGAGGGAGAAAGUCAAGUGGUGCUACCGUGUGGAGGGGGUCAACCACCUCCAGAAAUGCCGACAUCUCGUUCAGCAGUACCUCGACGCCACCCGAGGGGUCGGGUGGGGCAAGGAUCACCGCCCCCACUCUCUUCACGGUCCUAAGGUGGAGGCAUCUGCCGAGUGAGUGGUUCAUGGGCGGAGUCCGGGUCUGAAUAAUUUGAGGUAAUCGAGUGUACCAGUUGGCUAAUGUAUUGGAGACAUGUCCGCAUGUCAGUCAGGUGUGUGUUUGUUCUGUUGUUAGCCUUUUGCUCAGUUGACUGUUACAAUCAGAUGUACGGCUUUACUUUUAAACAAUCGAGCCCCAAUGGGUGGCCAACUUCUUUAACAUAUGGCUUUCUGAUGAGAGUUGAUAUGAAACAAGGAAUAACAAAAUGAUGCCAUAAGUUCUUAUGUGCAGUAUUUUUAUGUGUCGAUAUUCAUGUACAUUAAUGGAUGCUGAUUGUGUUACAUUCACGAUCAGUGCCUGGGGAAAAAUUAUAAAUUCAAGUUAAUGCAA